CAGCCGAAACAGAACCAAUAGAAUGCAAAUGGUUGAUUGAGGUUUUUUUCGCCGAAGCGUGAAUUUUUAUCAGUUUGUAACUAAAGAUAUACGUGGAAGUGCAACACAGAAACGAUACGAAAUAAUUGAAUUAAGCGUUGAUCGUUCCAUCCGCACAGUAUCAAAAUGAAUUCCACCGAUGCAGAUCAAACAAUCGGAAUCGAUCGACUGUACAAAAACUACGAAAUUUUGUCGGAAGCCAAAGACAAAAUAACUGAGCACGAAGCAGAGUACAAGGAAAUAUUGGACGCUAUCAAAGGAUCGGCUAAGGAAAAGCGAUUGGCCUCACAAUUCAUCGGAAAGUUUUUCAAACAUUUUCCAACGUUAGCCGAAACAGCUAUCGAUGCUCAACUGGAUUUGUGCGAAGAUGAGGACAUUCAAAUUCGACGACAAGCAAUCAAGGAUCUACCUCAGCUAUGCAAGGACAGUAAGGAAAAUACGGCCAAAAUUGGUGAUAUUUUGGCUCAAUUAUUGGUAGUCGAAGAUGCCAGCGAACUAACUCAAGUUCAUUUAUCACUACAGACUCUUGCUAAGUACGAUGCUAAAGGAACGUUAGCUGGAAUAUUUAGCCAAAUAUUGACGGGUGAUGAAGCAACCCGAAGCAGCUGCUUCAAAUUUGUGCAAACAAAAUUCCGUAAUCUGGGUACGGAGGUCAUAACGAAAGAGAUCGAAGAGUUUAUGAUUUCGGAAAUCAAGAAAAUUCUUCAGGAUGUUACCGCAGAGGAGUUCCAUAUCUGUAUGACAAUUUUGGGAUCAACCAAGCUCGGAACAUCAGUAACUGGUCACAAUGAACUCGUCGCAUUAUCGAUUGAACAAGCCGAAUUAGAUGGAAACAUCGAUCCAAUUGCAAUUGAUGAUGAAGUUGUCGAGCGUUACAUUCAGUGCGCCAACCACGCACUGCCAUACUUUUCGUCGCAAGUGGAGUCCACUAAAUUCCUGAAAUUCAUGUGCGAGAAAUUCCUGCCGCUCACCACCUGGAACAUAAUCGGCGCCACCGAACAGCAAGAUCAAAUGCAAUUGCGAUUGUUGAAAGUAUUCGCCGAAAUGUGCAAAUUUUCCGGCCAAUUGGACAAGCCAUCCGAGAAGAUCGAGGCCAUUUUCAACGUUCUGCAGGAAUACAUGCCAUUGCCACCGUUCGACAGUGAAGUUAUCGAUGAGAAUCCAUCGUUCCAAUUCUCCCACGCUGAAUGCUUGCUGUAUGCGUUACAUGCGUUGGGAAAACAGUUUCCAGAGUUUUUUGCAUUCUCCACCGAACCAAAUAAACUCAAAGAAUUUCGGUCACGAUUGCAAUAUCUUGCCAGAGGCACACAGGGAUACAUCAAAAAGCUGCAAGAAUCGGUGAAAGGAAAAACUCCCGAAGAAUUGAAGUCUGAGGAGAACCAAAUCAAAAUAACGGCUCUGAAGACCACGUCAAAUAUCAGUGCAUUGAUCCGGGAUCUGUUCCAUUCGCCUCCCAGCUUUAAGUCGAUCGUCAAUCUGUCUUGGAUUACUAAGACCACUGCGAACAAUCAACAGGAGAGAGGACAGAAACGACAUGCACCAAUCACAUUCGGCUCCAAAUCCGGCGAGGGCACGGACGACAAUAAGAAAGCGAGGAAUGGCAACGAACAACGGGUCUACACCCCACCGUCAGGGAAGUACUCAAACAAGGUUCAGAAUUACUCACACAAAAAUCGCUCACGCGGCGGUUUUCGUGGGGGUAAUCAAGGUAAAAAUUUUCGCAGAUACUAAAAAAUGAGAACAGAAAAAAAAAACAGAGAAAAACAGAACCGAAAA